AUGUUUAUGAUUCAAUACCUAUUUAUUUUAACAUUUCCCAUAAGCUCUUCAAGCCAGCUCAUAAUUCUCAAUAUCGCUAUUUCAAAUAGUAUUCUGACAGCCCAGAUGAACACAUCGGAGCAAGCAAAUAUGACUUUAUUCUCAGGAUUUGUUUCACAUAAUAAGUCAGAAUGCUUGAAACUCGAAGUGAACACUUCCUCUACUAUUUGCGCAGUGAUAUGUGGAAGACUUGAUAGCUGCCAGGUUGCUUACUGGAUAUCUCAAAACUUAUGUUAUCUUUGUGAAUUCGGCUCAGUAAAGAUGAUCACGCAGAAAACUGUAUCCAGUUAUGUAGCUUUGAAAAUAACGGCUGCGUAUUUACCACUGGGUCAACCCAUCCAAACAUGCUUAACCCCAAAUAUUUCACUGAGACCAUGUGAAACAGGAUGGGAACUUUUCCGGCGGCCUGCUGCCUUUUGGUGCCUGAAGCUAGUCAAUAAACCAAUUAAUAAAACACUUGACACUUUCGACCAAAAAACGGCUGUCGGUUUGUGCAAUGAACAUAAUUCCAAAAUUAGUGGAGCUGAAACUAUAGCAGAAUUGACUUAUAUUAUUGAUAAAGCAUUUUCGCAAAAAAACAACGUCAGUAAAUCGGAGCAGUGGGGAGUUUGGUUUGAUGGAACAAGAAAAACGAAGUGUGGACCUAGUGAGUUAACUCAAUGCAAUUCACUGAAGGGAUUUAAAUUUAAUGAUAAAACAUUAGUUUCUAAAUCAGGAUACCUAUUUAGCGAAGGCGAACCAAACAAUAAAAACGGAACCCAGAAAUGCAUCGUUUUAAGGAUUGGCAAUGUUUCCACUGCACACAAUCAUGGAACGCUUGAUGACGUGCUCACUAUCAGCAGAAGAAAAAUAUUUAAAGAAACUAGUUCUAUGCGGAAAAUUAGCCAAGUGGACGAAAAGCAAACUGAAUUGAUCACGAACUUGGCAAAAACUUGGUGGUUUAUUUAUCUAUUCAUAAUGGUGUUUAAACAGAAAAUAAAUGUUUACAUACGUUACGUCACAUAUAGAUAG